AUGAAAAUUAAUGAAAAUACGAUUGUUUAUAUUGUAGGCGCUAUCAGUCCACCAAGUUCAAAACCAAUGGACUACACCGAUGUUGAUACGAUAACUCAGCCGAGAUUACUGAACAAACCAGGAAGGUGGAAUAUGGAAUAUAAUUACGGCAGGAGGUACGAGCAUUCUAAAGGUCAAGAGUGGGGUACUGGCUACAACAAUCAAUACAAUGAUGUAAAUGUUACAAAACCGAAACUGUCGCAAACGGAACUAUCACCUGUACAAUGGACUUCUUCUAACACAGAUAAAUUCAAAAUACAUGCACAGGGAAUAUCCGAGAGGAAUGAUGAACAGCAAGCAAGUAUGCUGCGAUCCAAUGAUCAAAAAAAGCAAUUCCAAGAAAAGACUGGUAGUGAGGUGAAAAAUUGGCAUAAUUGGCCUAGCAAAAAUAUAACAUGGCCAGGCUGGGUGCUCAAAGGGAAUCAUUUUAAAAAACAGCUGGUACCAUGGUGGAAUACUGGUAAUCAGCAAGUAAUGAAAGCACAAAAAGUUGCAAGGUUUAUGUCUGGUGAGGCCAUUACGAAACAAAAACCUCCAUUCUGGCCUGGUUCUGUAGGUUGGACAGGGGAUUUGGGUCCUUUUGGUGAAGUACCAUCCCCACCAUGGCUUUCUAAAGAUUUUACCAGUAACUGA